AUGGCAAAUCAUGGACUUUUGUUCAACAACAGAGACUCAUUUGAAAGGUAUCCGGAAUUCAAAGAGGAGGUCUUUCAAAUCAUCGAGGCACCCGCUGUCAAGAAUCCAGAACCAAGCUCAGAGAAAAAGUUCAAUAUUACACAUCAGGAGUAUGAGCGAUCAAACGAAAAUACUUUCUUCCAUGUCGCUAUGCCGAUAUUGAUGAAGGAUGGUCACUUCGUUCUGGAAGAUGGCAAAGCAGCCUACAAAGACUUCUUGGUCGAUGAAGGAAUCCGGGUCAAUAUCGAUAGGGAAUUUCGCGGGAUGUUGUUACCGCAUAGAUAUCGCGAUCCGAAAUUUGAUAAAGAGCUCUCCGAAGCUUUACGGAAGAAUGAUGGAAUGAAGAAUAGUAAGCCGGACUGGUGCAUGGGCAUGUCACUCAGGAAUUGCCGAAAGCUUGCCGCAGAUCGAACAGCUAUGCCGACGCCGUUACCGUCCCACCUCUCUAACCUCCUAACCAUCUCCCAAGAGAUGUAUCACCCUUUUUUCUUGGCUGAGGCAAAAGCGGAUGGUCGCCCCACCGCCGAUGCCGUGGACCAAGCUCGUUGUGGUGGAGCGACAAUCGUGAACGCUGAUUGCGUGCUAACUGACCUCAUCCUCCAUGAGUGGGAACCACGAAGCUACGAAACAGAAAAGCAGCCAAUCACUCAUGCACGUCAGCAUGUCACUAAACCGGUACAAAAUCCUGCGCAAUCACUAUCCACUGGGGCAAUGCAAUCGGGGCAGAUCGAAGAUCAACAAGUUCAUCCCAUGCUCGAGCGCCCGUUAGGCGCGGACCCCCAUACGAUGAUCUUCUCGGCAACUGUGAAGCCAGACCUUGUGACCGUAUACGUCCAUUGGCGCGAGAGAGUCCUCUUCCCCGACGGCACGAUCGACUCGCUCUUCCACAUGAACACCGUGUUUUCUCAAUCUAACCACGACGAGCGCAGAGCGCUCAGAGACAUCCGUCGUGUCUUCCACAAUAUCAUAAAAUGGGGCAUCGGGCCACGGCUCGACGAGCACCUGGAAAUGUGGGACGGGAUCAGGGAGUACGCUGUGUGGUAUCAGACCGAGGAGCUGCCAAGGCAGCUGGAAUUGCAGAAAGGAAACAAGAAGGCGCAAGCACGUGGGAAGAAGAGAGCGUUCGAGAGCGAUGAGGCAAGCGUAGCCGCGAAGAAGGUGCUGCUGGAGGUGAAUCUGGAGGAGAACCUAAGACCUCGCAAAAGCCAUACGUUACAAUCGUCAACGGGCCACGUACAGGCUGCAAGCGGCAGUCUUGCGAACGGCAUCACACGUCGUUGA